AAAGUCUGAAUAUAUAAAACGAAUGUCUGAAAAUCUGAUGUUAUCAGCGCCAUCUUGUGUUAUUCAUCUACUAUUUUACACAUUUUGAGCAAUGAGCGAGUCCGCACGAAAUUUAGUAGCAGCAAUUUUAAGUAACGAUCAUCUAAUUAACACCCUGGCGAAUGCGUGUACGGGCCAAAAUACUGGCAACCGUACUCAACAUCGUUCUACUGAUGAAGAAAUGUAUUCGCUAUUUCACCGCGGAAGAGCGAAUGCGGUGAACUUCACAGCCCAGGACGUUCCUGCUCAUCAAGCAAACAUUACAGAAAGAAACAUGCCUUCUACCUCACAGGGACCACCCACAGCUAUCUACAAUCUUCGCCCGUUCACUCGAAAGGGCCCUAGACAUAAGAGGUUUCAGGCACUAGGCAGUUUACGUCCGGUGGCUCAGUCUUUCACCAAAGAAGUUAUUCUCCUGCCAGACCAUACAUCUACACAUGUGCCAAGGCGUGCCAAGAAAGCUUGGCUUUUUGAAAAUGGUCAUAUAAAAUCUGCCUUAGAAUUUGGCUGUGACUGGGACGCCGACAAAGUUAUGCAGACUAUAACAUCAGCCUUCCAGCCAGUUGUGGAGGGAUGCAGAUUACAAAUCUUGAUGUCGUGCCACAACAAAUUAGUGGAGCCAUCCCUGACUUCCAAACAGACUUUAGGUGGAGACCUUCUGAAAAAACUUUUUCAUCAGAAGUCCAUUUAUGUCAGGCCUGACAAGGUCAUUUUAAGUGAAGAGAAAGAAUCUUCAUGUUCUGAUGAAGACAGUAGCAACACAAACAAGAAUGAUUUCAAAGAAACAUUGGAUCCUGACAAAUGUGUCAUUGGUAGUGUGCCUGAUAUUUCCAAAGAAGUUGUUUCAGCCAUCUCCACUGUUGAAGUCCAGUGUCUCUCCAGUAAUACCCCUUCCAUCUCUGGUGGAGAUGAAGUUAUUUGGUGUAUUGACACUAAAGAUAUUUGCACCAAUGCACCACCCAUCUCAGCUGACAACCUCACCAUGUCUUCUGUUGCUGCUGCCAUUACUAUUGAUGAGACUCCUACCUUGUCUAGUGGAACAUCUGUCAUCUCUAGUGGCUACACCAACAUCUUUUCGAUUGGUCCCACUAUCAGUGGCACUGGACACACACCAUGCUUCUCUGCUAGCAACACCUCUGAGGCAUCCCAUAGUCCCACCCAAACCAAUGCACCCAGCACAACCUACAGUACAUACCUUGACCUAUUUGAGGAAGAAUACCUCUCUGAUGACGCUGAUCUCCAGGAAGCCAUAUCAAGGUCCUUAGAGUCCAGCACAAAUGAGAGUGAUUCAAGGAUGACUUUAGAGAGAAUAAUGGAGCAGAUUGGUUCGAGAGUAAAUAAUGACAGCAUUGUACGGUUCAAUAUCAUAAGAAGAAAUGUGUGGGAUGGAACAUCCAGAGCAAUGGGCAGAUCCAAUUUUUCACCCGAGAAGAAGGUGGAUGUUAAGUUUACUGAUGACUAUGGAACAUCUGAGGGUGCUGUGGACAAUGGAGGACCUACUCGGGAGUUUUUCCGACUCUGUCUACAUGAAAUCAAGGACAAAAUUGGCAUCUUUGAAGGACCAUCUAAUGCUAAAGUCCUCACAUGCAACUCCAAAGCGAUGAAAGACAAUGCAUACUUCUAUGCUGGCCAGAUCAUGGCAAUGUCAAUUGCCCAUGGGGGGCAGAGUCCAUGUUUCCUGUCUGAACUUAUGUAUGAGUGUCUUCAAAAGGGCCCUGACAAUGUAAAGGUCAAAACUGAAGAUAUUACUGAUGAAGAAACAAAGUCACAGUUGCAGUCGAUCUUACAGGCCCAGACUGAUUCACAACUACAAGAUGCAGUUGAACAGGCUGCUAGCUUAAUCAGUCUUGCUGGUCACAAUGUACGCAUAACACUGGAAAACAAACAGGAGACUGCUUUGGAUCUGGCUCAUUGGUAUGUCCUUCAGCGGACCCGUGCACCAUUUGAAAGGUUCAGAGAUGGCUUAACGUCUCUGGGUGUCCUAGAUGCUCUCCAAAACUAUCCUGUUCAGUCAAAGUGCCUUUUUGUGAAGGCUGAAAAGGCCUUAACCGCAAAUGAUGUGGAGAAUCUCUUCCAAAUCAUUCAUUCUGAAAGAGGGAGUAAUGCAUUUCAAGCAGAGUGCCGGACCCUGGCUUUCUGGCAAGACUAUCUUCAGGAUGCUGAAAUUGAAAACAAUGUCUCUCUGGAGGAUGUUCUUGUUUUCUUCACUGGAUGUGACAGCAUUCCAGCACUGGGUUUCUCUCCAAAGCCAAGACUUGAGUUCAUUACCUGUUCCCGAUUUCCAGUGGCCAAUACUUGUGAAAAUAUUCUACGCAUACCAGUUCAUGCAGUGUACACUGCUUUCAGAUCUGACAUGGAUUUUGCAAUACGCAAUUCACCAGGAUUUGGAAGAGCGUGAGAGGUAAUAUUUUCAAGGCAUGUAGAGCUUGAGUUAAGUUAGAUUGUUUAUGCUAUUGCUGUUAUUUCACUAUGUUAUUCAUUGAUACCAACAUUCUGUAUUUACUGUAACAACAAAUGAAAAAACAAUAAAAGAAAUUGAAGUUCUUCAUUACAUUUUAAGAUGUAUUUCAAGCUAUAUGUUCCAGUCUUCUAACCUGAACAGCCAUGUUCCCCGGUUUCAUUGUUAUGACAGAAUUGUUAUUUCUUUAUAGG